AUGUAUUCUGAUGGUAAUCCUAAUUCGAUAAAUACUGUAGAAUGCAAUGCUGUGUUAAAUGCAGCUGAUGAGCAUUUUGAAUCAUGGACAUACUGGGAUAGUUACGAGCGAUUUCCCAAUUUUGAUAUCACAGAUGUUCAUCUGAAGUCAUUUAGCCGUACAUAUCCACAAUCGACAGCUGGCAAACCAAUCAGACUCAAUUUUAAUGUCGAAACAGCUGUAUCAGUAACAAUACAUCACUAUUAA